CCACACACCAUGGAAUUUCAGGUAAUUGCACUCGUCGCCCUUGUGGCCGUUACCCUCGGCAGUCCUGAGAACGUACCAUCCUAUGGCUAUGGACCAGCUCCCUCAUCAGCACCUGCCAAGUACGACUUCAGUUACACCGUCAACGAUCCACCGUCUGGCAACGACUUCGGUCAUCAGGAGGCCCGAGAUGGCCCCAACACUCAGGGUUCCUACUUCGUCCUCCUUCCCGACGGUCGUCUUCAGAGGGUCACCUACACUGUCAACGGUGAUUCUGGCUACUUGGCCGAGGUCACAUACGAGGGAGAGGCCCAGUACCCCUCCACACCGCGCCCCUAUACACCCGCCCCUCAUUAUGCGUAGAUACUUUUUGUAUUACUGAACACAUUUUAUAAUUUAUGAAUAAUUCAAUAAACUAGCA